AUGUGCUAUCGGGUUGGUCAAGCGUGUGCUGUUGCGGGGUCUACAAGUCUCUAUAGAGAGCUCGAUCUCCUCCCUGACAUUUCUAUUGCCGAAGGGGAAGAGAUCUAUGGAAUAAUCAUGACAGCACCCAAAGGAUAUGCUGUCAUAAAUUAUUACACUCGAUCAAUAGAUCUGGAGACUCCGCAGACACCUGCGUUCCUGCAAGGGGAAAUGAAACCUCGAUGGAGUCUCGAAAAGCGUACACCAUCUCAGGAUCUCCCAAUUACGAGUGCAGAUGGUAUUUAUAUCGAACAGAAUGGCGUCAUUGGCAUUGAAGCAACAGCGCCCGACGAUUCUCAUUUUGUACUUGGCCCAGAAGAGGCCAAAGUUCUGUGGACGCCUCCUCCCCUGAAUCCCGAUCUUCCGAUUUUCGAAAGGACUAUCUUGACGCAGAUGGCUACAUACGACGAAAAUAUGGACAGAUAUGUCCGGCUUAUGCAUCCCGAAGGAUCAGAAGUUCUGAUGGGUUUUAUUUUAUUCUUCGUGGAAUUUAUCACAACACGAUGUUUGCUAGAUGGUGGGCAAGCGUACUCGGGGCAAGUUAAUCGGUACGUGUGGCUGUCGCCUGGGACGAUUUGCAGGACCGAAAAGGAUGAGGAUGGAUUUUAUGUUGAUGAUACCGACUGGUUAUAUUCUGAUUUUGAGGAAUAA